AUGGAUGUCAAAAAGGAGGAUCAAGUGAAAACUUCACAGUUAAGCACAUCUUCUGUGCAAGAUGAUUCUUUUCAAUGGGAAAAGUACUUGGAAGAGACUGGAUCUGUAAGUGCUCCUUCAGAGUACUUCAGACAGUCUAAGAUUCCACCAACUAAUGACUUCAAAGUCGGCAUGAAAUUGGAAGCACAUGACCCUCGCAAUAUGACUUCAGUAUGUAUUGCUACAGUUAUUGGAAUUACUGGAGCCAGACUGCGUUUACGGCUCGAUGGUAGUGACAACAAAAAUGAUUUUUGGAGACUUGUGGAUUCCCCAGAUAUACAACCUGUUGGGACAUGUGAAAAGGAAGGAGACUUACUUCAACCUCCACUGGGGUACCAAAUGAAUGCAUCAUCUUGGCCAAUGUUUCUUCUACGAACACUAAAUGGAUCUGAAAGGGCACCUCCAGCAUUCUUCAAGCAGGAACCACCAAUGCCACCCCUAAAUAAUUUUAAAGUGGGGAUGAAACUCGAAGCUGUAGACAAAAAGAAUCCUUGUUUGAUCUGCCCUGCAACUAUUGGAAAUGUUAGAGGAGAUGAAGUUCAUAUUACAUUCGAUGGCUGGAGUGGAGCUUUUGAUUAUUGGUGCAAAUAUUAUUCUCGAGAUAUUUUCCCAGUUGGGUGGUGCAACCUGACAGGAGAUGUAUUGCAACCACCAGGAACUAAUGUUUCUGCUACAAAGAAUACAGGAAAAACUCAGUCUUCUUCCAAAGCGACCCAGCGUUCAAUGCGGUCUUCAUCGAAAACUGCUCUACCAUUACCAACACAGCUGCCCAGGAGGUCAGGUCGAAUUAAAGCAUCUGGAAGUACUUCUGUCACCCAAAAGGGCAGUGCUCUUAAAAAUGUCACACCAAGGAAAAAAGGUGUAACCUCAGGGAAAAAGGAGAAAUUUAUUCCUGUGAUGUGUUCUACAUCUGCAACUUCUUUAACUGCUCUGGCCAGAGAGCGUGGCUUUUCAUCUGAUAGGGAUGCUGCUUCUGGGACAUCAAAAAUAGUGAUGUCUACAGUCUGUGUCUAUAUAAACAAACAUGGAAACUGUGGCCCUUUCCUGGAUCCAAAGAAAAUCCAAGCUCUUCCUGACCACUUUGGCCCAGGCCCAGUGAAUGUGGUUCUCCGUCGGACCGUGCAGGCCUGUGUGGAUUGUGCCUUUCAGUCUAAGAUUGUUUUUGGAUUCCUCAAGCCAGAUAAUCGUGGAGGAGAAGUGAUAACCGCCUCUUUUGAUGGGGAAACUCAUUCUGUCCAGCUCCCUCCAGUGAAUAGUGCAUCAUUUGCUCUUCGCUUUCUUGAGACCCUCUGCCACAACAUGGAGUGUGUUAACCUUUUGAGUAGCAAGCCUUUUAGCUCUUCCAAGCAUCGUACUUCUACCCUUGUGGAGCAAGAGAUUAAACAAGAAACAGUAAAAGAGGAUAUAUUGGAAAAGAAAAGCAUCAAACGAUCUCCUGAAGAACCUCUAUCUUGUGUUGUUCCUCUCUCUCCUAAGUUUCCCAAACCACUGAUGGAUACAUUUAAAGAAGAAGAAAUACAUCCUGAGGGAGAUGGCAUGCCAAAAGAGGAAAAGCUUUCUGAAGAUUCUGAUAAUUUGUCAACACAUUCAGAAAGUGCCUUGAGUCUUGCCCAUGGAAAUAUUAUUCGUGCUACUACUUCAGUCUCCAGAGAUAAUUCUCAAAAUAUGCCAGGCACCUCAAGUUCACCACUAGGGGGGAGCGCAUCAUUCACCAAAUUACAAAUCCACAAGAAAAACGAAGCUCCAAGUUAUAUAGCUGUACCUGACCCCAGUGCCCUGAAACAAGGAUUCUCUAAGGACCCUUCAACCUGGUCUGUGGAUGAAGUGAUACAGUUUAUGAAACAUACAGAUCCUCAAAUAGCAGGCCCCCUCGCCGACCUCUUCAGGCAACAUGAAAUUGAUGGGAAGGCUCUGCUACUACUCAAGAGUGAUAUGAUGAUGAAGUAUAUGGGGCUGAAGCUGGGGCCAGCAUUAAAGUUAUGUUACUACAUUGAAAAACUUAAAGAAGGAAAAUAUAACUGCAAAAAUUUAUAAGUUUAGGUUGGACAUAAUUCUCAGGUUUACUGAUAAUGUUUAAAAGUAUUUUUCUUCUCUUAGCAGUUUUAUAGAUGUAUUUAAAAGUAUUUUAUCAGAAUUACAGAACUAAGCAGUUCAGUCUACUUCUUUAAAAACCAUUUAAUGUGUUAGUAUUAGCAUUUUCAAAGUGGAAGUUUGUUCUUUUUCUUUUCCUUCUUUUCAUUGUACAAUUUACACAUAUAUGUCAUGCAGUAAACACAGAAAAACCAAAACAGCUGGAUCCCAAAGGAAAAAAUAUCAGAGACUCACACAACUUAUAAUUAACUUAUAAUUAAAUCCAUAAGAGUUUUUCCUCAGCUGAGAAUUUAAAGGUGCACCUAUAGAUAUCAUCUCUUUCUCUGAUACUUUAUCUGUCUGAUACCCUCCAGUGUUUUGUGUUCUAUCAGUUUCCAGAAAGGGAAUAGCCAUAUAAAUUAUUUUCCUUUCUUUUAUUAUUUGUCUUUUAUAUUUGUCCAUAUUUAAAGGAAAAAAGCUUUUAUGAAGUGUUCUUAUCAGUUUUUGAUAAACUUUUAAAAUUAUCAAUUAGAUAGAAUGAUGAUUUUAUGCAGGAGAUAUUUAUACCACCAAGGGUGGUUUGGAUAGUCUGUUUAAAAAUUUUCAGUGAAAUAACUUACUAUUUUAAAACCUUUCAUAUUUUUGCUAAGCUUGGACAGGUAACUAGGCAUUCAUUUCUUACAUCUUUAUAUGAUGAUAUCUAUGUCCAAAAUUUUAAAAGAUAUAUUUUAUUGGAUGUGUUUAUUCUUCAUAUGAUACUUUACCAUAUUUAUAUAUUCUAUGCCAGUAGGUAUACACACGUAUUUUCUUUUCGAAUAUGGCACUUUGCACUGCCACAGAGGUAUAAUAAUGAACUCUGUAUGUAGGUAGAUGUUUUUAUUUUGUUAUUAAAUGUGCAUCAUUUUUAUCACCAGUACCUCUCAACUUACUCUUCAGGGAUAAGAAACAAUCUAUGGAUUGGUUUCCAUACAGGGAAGUUUUCUGUCCUAUGCAAUGUUGCUAAUAAAUUUGCUUAGUUCUGAGCCACUGAUUCUGCUACACUUUGAAAGAUAUAUUCUGACAUUCAAAAGGAAAUGGUGCUAUAUGUUAAUUGUUAUUACUUUGUAUGAUUUUGAUGUAAUGUUUAUAAGUUAUGAGAAUGGGUUAUAAAAGUAUUAGCCAUUUGUUAUAAUGCCAAUAAAAUGUACACCAGGGGCAAGAAUGUAUACUUUCUUUUUAGAAAACCAGAUGUUCUUUAGAUAUGAAUACAACUGUUUAAAAAAUGACUUCAUCUAUGUUAUUCCUUA